AUGCGUGAAAGUGUGUGUGUUUGUGUGUGUGUGCAUGAUGGGGUUACAAAUAAGACAGGGAAGCAGAUGGGUAUUUUUAUACCUCCACUGAUAAACAGGCACGGUGCAGCUCCCACAAACAUGGUGGUUCAAGGCAACAGAGGGGGGAAAAAAGACUGAGACUAUGAGAAUUUCUGGGCUCCAGGAAGACUAAAACCACACCAGAACAGGUCAGGUCGGGCAGAACCAGAAACCUUUGGCAGUGAUCACAGCAGAAAUACAAGACCGUACAAGAUUAGUUCCUGAAUGUACCACAGUAAACAACUGCAGACGACAGUGAGGGACCAGACUGAAAAACUGAGGAUAUCUGAAAUCUGACGAGACAAAAGGAGAGCAGUCAUGCCGGGCUCAGGAGGAGCAGACCCAAAGGGAGAAGAUUUCUCCACUGCCAUCCUGAAACAGAAACACAGACCCAACAGGCUUAUUGUGGACGAAGCCCUCAAUGAAGACAGUAGCAUUGUCAGCCUGUCGCAGAAUAAGACAGAGGAGCUGCAGCUCUUCCGGGGCGACACAGUGGUGUUGAGAGGGAGGAAGCGUCGCCAAACAGUGUGUAUCGUCCUGACUGAUGACACCUGUGGGGAUGAACGAAUCUACAUGAAUCGUGUGACGCGUAACAACCUGCGUGUCCGGCUCGGUGAUGUCGUCAGCAUUCAUGCUUGCCCUGAUAUUAAGUAUGGGAAAAAGAUCCAUGUCCUCCCAAUAGAUGAAACCAUUGUGGGCCUGACGGGAAACCUCUUUGAUGUUUUCCUCAAACCAUAUUUUCUGGAGGCUUACCGACCCAUACAUAAAGAUGACAUCUUCUUGGUGAGGGGGAGCAUGCGGGCGGUGGAGUUCAAGGUGGUAGAAACUGACCCCAGCCCUCACUGCAUCGUCGCCCCGGACACUGUCAUCUACUGUGAGGGAGAGCCAAUCAAGAGAGAGGACGAGGAGGAGACAGUGAAUGACAUCGGCUACGACGACAUCGGAGGCUGUCGGAAACAGCUGGCCCAGAUCAAAGAGAUGGUGGAGCUUCCUCUCAGACACCCCGGCCUUUUUAAGGCUAUAGGAGUGAAGCCCCCAAGAGGGAUCCUGCUGUACGGCCCUGCAGGCACAGGGAAGACCCUGGUGGCCCGGGCUGUAGCCAAUGAAACUGGUGCCUUCUUCUUCCUCAUCAAUGGUCCUGAGAUCAUGAGUAAGCUGGCUGGAGAGUCAGAGAGCAACCUAAGGAAGGCGUUUGAGGAGGCAGAGAAAAACGCUCCAGCCAUCAUCUUUAUUGAUGAACUGGACGCCAUCGCUCCCAAGAGAGAAAAGACCCAUGGGGAAGUGGAGAGGCGUAUAGUCUCCCAACUCCUGACCCUGAUGGAUGGCCUGAAGCAAAGAGUGCAUGUGGUUGUCAUGGCAGCUACAAACAGACCAAACAGCGUGGACUCUGCUCUGAGGCGCUUUGGUAGGUUUGACCGUGAGAUUGACAUUGGAAUCCCUGAUUCAACUGGCAGACUGGAGAUCCUGCAGAUUCACACCAAAAACAUGAAACUGGGUGACGACGUCGACCUGGAGAAGAUAGGCACAGAGACGCAUGGUCAUGUAGGCGCCGACCUGGCUGCUUUGUGCUCAGAAGCUGCUCUGCAAGCCAUCCGCAAGAAGCUGAUCCUCAUAGACCUGGAGGACGAUUCCAUCGACGCUGACCUGCUCAACUCACUGGCUGUCACUAUGGAUGACUUCCAAUGGGCACUGAGUCAGAGCAACCCAUCAGCUCUCAGAGAAACCGUUGCUGAGGUGCCUCAGGUGACCUGGCAGGAUAUCGGAGGACUGGACGAGGUCAAGAGGGAACUUCAAGAGCUCGUCCAGUACCCUGUCGAGUAUCCAGACAAGUUCCUGAAGUUUGGUAUGACUCCAUCUCGUGGAGUGCUGUUCUACGGCCCUCCAGGCUGUGGGAAGACCCUAUUGGCUAAGGCCAUUGCUAAUGAGUGCCAAGCAAACUUUGUCUCCAUCAAAGGACCAGAGAUGCUGACCAUGUGGUUCGGAGAAUCAGAAGCCAAUGUCAGAGAUGUGUUUGACAAGGCCAGACAGGCGGCCCCCUGCAUCCUGUUUUUCGACGAGUUAGACUCCAUCGCCAAAUCCAGAGGAGGCGGAGCUGGGGAUGCAGGUGGUGCAGCUGACAGAGUCAUUAACCAGAUACUCACAGAGAUGGACGGCAUGUCGGACAAAAAGAAUGUUUUCAUUAUUGGCGCCACGAACAGACCAGACAUCAUAGAUGCUGCCAUCCUGAGGCCGGGCCGUUUAGACCAGCUCAUCUACAUCCCACUCCCAGACAAAGCAUCUCGCACAUCAAUCCUAAACGCCAACCUGCGCAAGUCCCCUGUCGCACGAGAUGUGGACCUGGAAUACCUGUCUGGCAUCACAGAUGGUUUCUCUGGAGCUGACUUGACAGAGAUCUGCCAGCGGGCUUGUAAGCUGGCCAUCCGUGAGGCCAUCGAGGCCGAGAUCAAGGCUGAGCGUCAGAGGCAGAACAGACCAGGCAUCCCCAUGGAUGAGGACUUUGAUCCAGUCCCAGAGAUCAGGAAGGACCAUUUUGAAGAGGCGAUGCGAUUUGCACGUCGCUCUGUCAGUGACAAUGACAUCCGCAAAUAUGAAGUGUUUGCUAAAACUUUGCAGCAGAGCCGAGGUUUUGGAAACUUCAGGUUCCCUUCAGCUACUGGUACCCGGUCUGGAGAUCAGGGGUCAGGUUCUGGAUCAGGGAGGCCGAACAUGUAUGGAGAUGAAGGCAGUGAUGAUCUCUAUCAGUGAUAAAAACUCAUUGUAUAGUUGAACAGCUGCACAAUGCUUUCCUUUUCCACUACGGUGCUUGGCUUCCUUGGAGAAAUGUUAGCAGAAGAAUAAUGGGAGUGGAAAUGGCAAAAUACAAAGGAAAACAUACUGUAAUAAUAAUUAUAAGGAAGACUUUUAAACACACAGGAAAUAACAUGAAUCAAACAAAGAAAUCAGAUGAAAAAUGUCUGUCUAUAAUCUAUGUUAUAAUAUUGAUUUCAAUGCCAUAAUCAUAAUAACAUUAAAUCUUUGGGUUUUAACACACUGUAAUCUGUUUGCACAAUGAUAUUUAUGUAAGUUGUUUGUAUGUGUGAGUUUAAAAUGUGAUGAAUAAAUUUAUUUGUAUAACUCUAUGAUCACUCUGACAAGGUUUAGCCUGGAAUACCGGUUGCAUAUGCAGUUUAUAGAACUCGGAGGCCUUCACUAAAGGUCCAGGGUUUAAGAUUUAGGAGUAAUCUAUUGACAGAAUUUGUCAAAAAACAGGAUAGUUGUUUUGUAGAAUGAGC